GAGGAAGGGGUUGGUGUUCAUUCAGAGAAUAAGACAAGCCAGGAUGAUCUACUGGGCCCUGCUGUUACAUCUCAGUUUGCUUGUCAUCCUCUCAAAUGCUGCAGACCUCGACGAUCCAGGAUCCUGCACCGGCUACACCAACCUGACGGAUCCAUGGCGCAACCGCGCCUUUACAAGAACUGAUUGGCCCGGCUACCCCAAAAAUGACUUCCGGUUAAGCAACAAGUGGUGGAGAUUCACAGGGAUUGGUGGAGAUACAGCAAUUGAUGAUUGUACCUAUAAUAGAGGUGGCUUCCAACACCCGUGGCAAGUGGUGGUGUCCUAUCCAGACAUUGAAUCCCUGACACCAACAAAGGGAACUACCCGGACAUGGGCUAAUGGAUGCGGAACACAAGGAAUAAUGAUUGACUUUGUGUUGUGUCCGGGAGGCUUCUACGUCUUCAGACCACUUGCUGCUGGGGCAAGCGAAUCCGGCUUUGCUACUUAUCAUUCUAAGUGUGGUCCAGACUCCUGCGGUCCCCUUGCUGAAUGUACCAGUACCCCUGUAGGAGGCUGCAUUUGUUUCUCUGGGUAUGAAAUCCCCCCUGAGCACCUUCCUGUUGAUGGUUCCUAUGGCUGUGUUGACAUCGAUGAGUGUGUGAGAAAACCUGAUAUCUGUGGUCCAGACUCCAUAUGCACCAACCUCAAUGGAACGUACAACUGUACCUGUCUGCCAGGAUUCAACGACACAAAUCCAGCAGGGAUACUAGGAACAUCUCACUCCUGUGAAGAUAUUGACGAGUGUUUCAAUUCCACCGUCUGCGGCCCUCGUUCCAACUGCACCAAUAUUCCUGGAAAACAUAUCUGCCAGUGUGAGCCGGGAAACAUAGCCUCCGACCCGUCCACGGCCCCUGAUGAGGACAACACCUGUGAAGAUGUUGAUGAGUGUGUGGAAGACAUCACCAUCUGCGGCCCUGAGGCCGUCUGCAACAACACAAUCGGGGCCCAUUUCUGCAUCUGUAACCACGGUUACCGCGUCGACCCCUCAGAUAUGAUCGCCAGCUCUGAAAAUCCAUGCAAUGACAUUGAUGAAUGCAGUGAGACGGUGGAUCUUUGUGGAACUAAAACCGUGUGUACCAACGCACCAGGGACCUUCGACUGCUCCUGCCCUGAUGGCUACUUCCCCACCACUGGGGUCAUUUGGGAACUGGAUGUAACAUUUUGCAAAAGUAUUCCGGAACUUCUUGAUGAGAUUACACCUCCAGAGGGACAAACAAAAGAAAGAGCUUUUCUUGGAAAUGUUAACCAACAGCUGAAGGAUAAUGCAGGCGUCAUUCUGCCAGAAGUGACGGUGAAAAACUGCUUUUCUGCAUCAAUGGAAGUGUCAGGUGCUAACUCUAAGCCGCCCAAGGCGGUGACCAGUGAUGGUGACGCAGAUACAGGCAGUGUGAUGCUGGACAUCUCAGAGGGUCUGGUUUCUUCCCUCGUAGAACCCAGCCAGAACGGAACCAACAAGACGCUCCAGACAGCAGUAGUAGAUUUGAGUAUACAGACCUUCAUUCCUGGAAGCAGCAAUGGAGAGAGUAAUGUCCUUUCGGUCAAGGGAAUCAGCAUGGAGGUCAACCUCGAGGCUCUCGCUCAGGACAACAAUGGAUCGGCAGCAGCUGCAGUCCUCACCCUCCAUGGCAUAGAGGGGAUGCUCAGUCACCGCUUCUUCAAGACCGAGAACCAGACUGAGAUGAACUCUGACAUCAUCACCGCCUUCCUACCCAAAACCAAGCACUCCAACUUCUCCCAACCCGUCAACUUCACCAUCCAGCACAAGAAGAAAACGGAGGCUGGCCUGGUGACCUGUGUGUACUGGGAGGGCAAAGACCAGACGUCCGUGAAGGUGGAGGCCUCUGGGGGCGAGGAGGCGCAGGCAAGCCACUGGUCGGUAAAGGGCUGUUUGGUGGCAUACUCCGAUGAGAACUACACCAUUUGCAGCUGUUCCCACCUCUCCACCUUCGCUCUCAUCCUGCAGAUCGGAGAUCCUCCUCCAGAGGACCCCUUCCUGGAGUGGUUGAACAGAGUGUGUGUGACCAUCGGCCUGUUCUUCUUCGCACUGGCCAUUGUGACCUUCCUCCUGUGCAGCUGGAACGCCAAGAUCAACAACACAGCCCGUCUGCACCUCUGCAUCAGUCUCGCCUCCUCCCACUUCCUGAUGCUCUGGAUGGACCGAUACGUUGACAAUAAGGUGGCUUGUAAAGUCAUGGCCGGCGUGCUCCACUUCCUGAUUCUGGCCAGUUUCUCCUGGAUGCUCCUGGAGGCCCUGCAGCUCUUCCUGCUGGUCCGGAGACUUUCCAAGGUCCAGGUCAUCCAGAGGGACGGCCUCCCCACACCAGUGCUGUACCUGAUUGGCUAUGGUGCACCGUUUGUGAUUCUGGGCGUGUCUGCUGCGGUAUUCUCUGAUGGAUAUGGUGCCACAGACUCACAAGUGUGCUGGCUAUCAACAGAACGCAGCUUCAACUGGGCUCUGACAGGGCCUGUGGUCGCUCUCCUUGGUAUGAACUUGGUGCUGUUCUGUGCCACCCUGGUGUGCCUGAGGCCCACACUGGCCAGCAUGAAGAGUGACGUGUCGCAGUCCAAGGACACCAGGUUGAUCGUGUUCAAGAUCCUGGCCCAGUCUGUCAUCCUGGGCUGCACUUGGAUUCUGGGCCUGUACCAGGCCAACCUCUUCUUCCAGGUGCUCUUCAUCCUGCUCAACUCCCAGCAGGGCACCUUCCUCUUCAUCGUGCACUGUCUGCUCAACAAGGAGGUGAGGGGAGAGUACAUCAAAUGGCUGUCCUGCUCAUUCGGGAAGUCAGGAAACGCUGGAGCAGCGAAAGACUUUCAUUCCGGUUCAGACAACAUGGACGCCACUGAGGAGCAAGAAAAUAAGUGAUGUCCAGAAGAGGAGAACUAAGAGGAAAGCAAUGGAUGUAAACAAUUAUGACUUAAAGUCUCCAUAAAACAUGUAAAACACUAGGAAAAAACGGUUACUUGUCUCUUUUGUAUGUCUUUUUCUCAUAGCAAUGAAUUACAUUUCUUGUAACACCAGUUUUCUUAUCAUAAAUAAUUAAUGAGU